AUGAAGUUUAACAAACAUGUCAGCAGCUCUCGUCGGAAAGCUCGCAAACGGUACUUCAACGCGCCGUCGCAUAUUCGUCGACGACUUAUGAGUGCCCCACUAUCCAAAGAGCUGCGUUCGAAGUACAAAGUUCGUAGCAUGCCUAUUCGAAAGGGAGAUGAAGUUCAGAUUGUUCGAGGAGAGCGUAAAGACAGGAAUCCUGCAAAGGUUGUCCGUGUUUAUCGCAAGAAGUUUGUCAUACAUAUCGAACGGAUUCAAUGUCGAAAAAUGAACGGUGCGUAUGCCCCAAUUGGUAUUCACCCAUCAAACGUUGUAAUCCAUAAAUUGAAGCUGGACAAAGACAGGCGUGCUCUUUUGGACAGGAAAGCUGCUGGCAAACUUGCUGGACAAGAUAAGAACAAGUACACAGAAGAAACGAUAGACCCUUGA